UUUACCCAUGGAUCCUUCCAAAACCAACUGCGCCAAAACACCACAUGUUAGCUUCUACACCAAUCCAGCCUCAUGGCAGCCAACUCCAUCUCCCCUUCUGCAUCUCCCUCCUCUUCCCAAGACAUACCCAUCUUCUUCCAUCACACUAAAACCGUCGUCCAUCAUCUCAAAUCCAGCAGAAGCAUCAAAGAAAUCAAGCAAAUCCACUGCCAAAUCACUAAAAUAGACCUCCUCCCCUUCCCCUCCUCCAACCUCAUCUCCGCCUACUGCAACGCAGCCACAGCCCAAAGUCUAGACUACGCUCUCAAAACCUUCUUCCUCUUCAACGAAGAACAUGAAUCCAACCUCUUCCUCUGGAACUCACUAAUCAGAGGAUUCUCUUCUGCUGGUUAUGUCUGCCAAGCCAUUCAGCUUUUCAUUCAGAUGGUUGAUGGAGGGAUCAUGCCUGACCGCUUCACCUUCCCUCCUCUCCUAUCUGGGCUCACAAAGGCUUUAGCUUUUCGAGGAGGAGGAUCGCUUCAUGGGCUCCUGUUGAAGCUCGGAAGCCAUGGAGGAGUGCAAGAUGACAUUUUUAUACAGAACUCAUUGAUACAUUUCUAUGCAGAGCAGGGUCGGCUUGAAUGCGCACACAAGGUGUUUGAUUCUAUGCAUGAAAGAAAUGUGGUUUCAUGGACGAGCCUUAUUGAUGGGUAUGCUCGUGGAGAUGAUCCAAGGAAGGCCGUGGAUUUAUUUUGGGAUAUGGUUGCCGAAGGUAGAAUUGCUCCCAAUUCGGUUUCUGCGGCUUGUGCCAUCUCUUCUUGUGCAAGGUUGCAGGAUUUAGAGAGUGGAAAGAGGGUUUUAGCCUAUGCAGCUGAGUCAGGAAUGGAGUUUAGUAUUAUUCUGGUGAACACUGUUGUUGAUAUGUACAUGAAAUGUGGAGCUGUGGAAUUAGCAGAGAGGAUAUUUCAUGAGUGUGCUGAUAAAAACAUUGUUCUUUGGAACACGAUGCUGUCAAAUUACUCUCAUGGUGGAAUGGCGCAGAAAGCUGUGGCAUUAUUUAAUGAAAUGUUGAUCUCAGGAAUGAAACCAGACCGGGUAACAGUUGUUACAGCCAUUUCAGGAUCAGCACAGCUUGUUGGGGAAGGUAUGGCUGGGAGAAGAUUUCAUGGUUAUGUAUUGAGGAAUGGCUUAGAUGUGUGGCCUGAUGUUAGCAAUUCAAUUAUUGAUCUAUAUAUGAAGUGUCGGGAACUAGAUUCAGCUUUCCGAGUGUUCGACCGAGUGAAACAGAAGACUGUGGAGUCCUGGAACAGAGUCAUUCAUGGAUGUAUCAGAAAUAGUGAUUGGACUUCUGCUUGGAAGUAUUUUGAGGAGAUGCCAGGAAGAGAUCAGGUGUCUUGGAACACAAUGAUUGCUGCACUGGUGCAGGAAAGCCAGUUUGAAGAAGCCAUCUCACUUUUCAGGGAGAUGCAGAGUUCAGGAAUGAGGCCUGACAGAGUGACAAUGGUGAGUGUUGCUUCAGCUUGUGGUUAUUUAGGGUCUCUUGAUCUUGCUAAAUGGACCUGCGCCUAUAUCAUCAAAAAGAUUAAAGUUUCCAUUGACGUCAAGCUAAACACUGCAUUGGUUGAUAUGUUUGCUAGGUGUGGUGAUUCCAAAAGCUCUAUGAAAGUAUUUGACAGAAUCCUGAACAAAGAUGUUUCGGCAUGGACAGCAGCAAUAGGAGCAAUGGCGGUUGAGGGAAAUGGGAGAAAGGCGAUAGAGCUUUUCUCCGAGAUGAUUAAAGAUGGAGUUGAGCCGGAUAGUGUGGUCUUUGUUCAAGCGCUGACAGCAUGCAGCCAUGGGGGCUUGGUUGAAGAGGGCUACAUGUUCUUCCAGAGCAUGAGGAAGGAUUACGGAUUUACACCACAUAUCGUUCAUUAUGGCUGUAUGGUUGAUCUUUUGGGGAGAUCUGGACUAAUAGAUGAAGCUAGAGAACUCAUUGAGAGCAUGCCUAUGGAGCCCAAUGAUGUGGUCUGGGGAGCAUUAUUGGCUGCUAGUUGUGUUCACCAUGAUUUUGAACAGGCGGAGUAUGCAGCCAAGAAAGUUCUGGAAUUGGCGCCAGAUAGAAGUGGAAUCCACGUGCUGCUCUCAAAUUUAUAUGCUUCAGUAGGGAGAUGGAAGGAGGUUGCAGCAGCAAGGUUGUCACUUAAAGAUAAAGGAAUAGGGAAAAUACCUGGUUCAUGUGUAAUUGAAAUUGAAGGAAUGAUCCAUGAGUUCACCUCUUCUGAUGAGUCACAUCCUCAGAUGGAGCUGAUCUCUGAGAUGCUACAAGAGAUAAGCCAUAAACUUUCGCUAGCUGGUUAUGCUCCUCAUUUGGAUAAGGUUUUGCUGGAUGUUGUUAAUGAGGAGGGAAAGGAGUACCUUUUGAGCCGGCAUAGCGAAAAAAUGGCAGUUGCAUUUGGUCUCAUUAGCACGGGCAGAAAAAUCCCAAUCCGUGUCAUUAAGAACCUUCGAAUUUGCUCUGAUUGUCAUGCAUUCAUGAAGCUAGUGUCGGCAACUUAUUGCCGAGAAAUCACAGUCAGAGAUAAUAAUCGGUUCCAUCAUUUUGUGAAGGGGAAAUGUUCUUGCAGGGAUUUCUGGUGACCGAAUUGAUUUUGACAGUGCUUAUUAGAAGUACAGACAAUAUUCUGCAAUGGUUUAUAAGACAACAGUCAUGCAUGAAGUGGAAAUGAAUUUUGAACUCCAACAGGGGGAAAGCUGAAGAAGCCUGUGGCUCGGAAUGGCUUGUCCCUAAUAAAUUUGCAGAGUACAAUGGUUUACUCAACAACACUGAUCUCUUUAAUAAGCCUAGAUGUUUUGAUCCUACUUUUGCUGAGGUUCAAAGCCAUUGAAU